AUGUAUGAUGCAGCAGCAUCUGGACAUCGGCACUUGUUAACUACAAGUACAACAAUCAUGUCUGACGAAGAAGUGAAAAACGCGUCUGGAGGCGAGGAGGACGAAAAGCUGGCUGCUGCCAAGAAGCGGUUCGAGGAGCUCAAGAACAAGAAGAAGAACAAGAAGAAGAACAAGAAGAAGGCCAAGGAUGACGAGAAGGAAGAGACUCCCGAGGUAGAGGACAAGGAAGAGGUAGACGUCAAGGACGAUACCAAGAAGGACGAUACGGAUGAUGAGAAGAAGGUAGUGGAGGAGGAUAAGUCCGAACCCACAACUACAACAGAAGUUGACAAAGCGAACAAUAUCGAGGAGUCAGACGAGCUCGACAAGAUCGUCAAGGAAAGUGUCAAGGAACAGAAGGAGAUUGCUGAUGCUACCGAGACCGAUCUUGCUGCGACUGCUACUAUCGAGCCUCCCAAAGACAUUGAGGUGUCUCCUCAUCUUGACACCAUUGUUAAGGAAGAGGUUCAGACUCGAACCGAUAUUGCUGAUGCCACAGAACAGGAUCUCAAGAGAGAGAAAUUUGAUAAGGCCGACUUUGAGGAGACCGCUGCUACUGCCACCCUUGCAGUGGAGGCUGGAAAGAAGUACAAGGAAUACGAGAUUCAGAUCUCGGAGCUGCAGGAAGAGCUCAAGACCCUCAAGCUAAAGCAUGAGCAGGAGGUGUCGAGUCUCAAGGAGGAGCUGGCAGCGGUGAAGAACGAGCGAGAAACAUACAAGGCCCGAUUGGAAGAGUCUGGGAGACAAAAGCAGAGAAGUGCAAUGGAUCGACCUGAAUCUCGGGGAGGAGAGUCUGAGGUCUCUCUGUCUCCUCCCAUGCCUGCAAGCAGUUACCGACCCCGUGUUGGUUCCCUUGUGGACGUCGAUCUGUUCGAUGUUUCUAACGCCCGACAGGCUAUUGGCAAGUGGACCGGAUGGCAGGUUGAUCUGCGACAAUGGCGAAGCCAGGGUAUUGGCAGCGUUGUUACUUUGUAG